CCAGUGGCACUAGGAACACUUACAAUCUCUGACCUGGACUAAGGCUGCCAGCCUGGCCCAGUUAAGAGUUUCCCAGAAGGAUGGCCCAUACACUUUAAAUUAAAGGGGCCAGACACGUGCACACUACUUCCAGCCACUCUGGAAGCUGAGGUGGGGGGAUCGCUUGAGUCUGGGAGUUGGAGGCCAGCCUAGGCAGGCAACAUAGUGAGACCCCAUGUCCAAACAAAACAAAACAAAACAAAACAAAAAACAAAACAAAAAAAACCACCAAAAUAGGUCUCAGAAAGACCUCUGAAUCUUUCUGGAUCUCUCAGUGGAGACCUGGAAAUCUGAACUUUGACAAUCCCUCUCACAGUGGAGCCAAGGAGAAAUUAGGCAAGCCAAAAGAAGUGAACUUUACUCUUCUAUUGCCUGUUUGAAUUUUGUAUCCAAGCAAGUGUUACUUAAGUAAUUUAAGAGACUGGUUCAUCGAAAAAAUAAAACUCCCCAAAUUCCCAUAGCUGGUAGACUGUGGUCACAGCCACAGUGCACUAAGACUAUCUGCUCAGCACUUCUGGUGACCCAAAAGGGUCUGAGGACAGGAGCUCAGAGUUGGGUCAGCUGUCCAGGUACUCAGGGUUGUCACAGGCAAAACUGCUGGAACUCAGGGCAGCAUUGCAAAUGCCACGCCGCUCUCAGGGCCCCUUGCCUCCCGCUGGAAUUAAACCCACCCAGAUCUUGGAAACUCUGCCCUGGACCCUUCUCAAUAAGUCCAUGAGAAAUCAAACUCUUUCCUUUAUGCGACACUGGAUUUUCCACAAAGUAAAAUCAAGAUGAGUAAAGAUGUGGUUUCUAGAUAGUGCCUGAAAAAGCAGAGACCAUGGUGUCAGGCGUCACCACUUGGGCCUAUAAAAGCUGCCACAAGACGCCAAGGCCACAAGCCACCCAGCCUAUACAUCCGCUCCUCAAUCCUCUCCUGUUGGCACUGGGCCUCAUGGCGCUUUUUUUGACCACGGUCAUUGCUCUCACUUGCCUCGGCAGCUUUGCCUCCCCAGGCCCUGUGCCUCCCUCUACAGCCCUCAGGGAGCUCAUUGAGGAGCUGGUCAACAUCACCCAGAAUCAGAAGGCUCCGCUCUGCAAUGGCAGCAUGGUAUGGAGCAUCAACCUGACAGCUGGCGUGUACUGUGCAGCCCUGGAAUCCCUGAUCAACGUGUCAGGCUGCAGUGCCAUCGAGAAGACCCAGAGGAUGCUGAGCGGAUUCUGCCCGCACAAGGUCUCAGCUGGGUUUUCCAGCUUGCAUGUCCGAGACACCAAAAUCGAGGUGGCCCAGUUUGUAAAGAACCUGCUCUUACAUUUAAAGAAACUUUUUCGCGAGGGACGGUUCAACUGAAACUUCGAAAGCAUCAUUAUUUGCAGAGACAGGACCUGACUAUUGAAGUUGCAGAUUCAUUUUUCUUUCUGAUGUCAAAAAUGUCUUGGGUAGGCGGGAAGGAGGGUUAGGGAGGGGUAAAAUUCCUUAGCUUAGACCUCAGCCUGUGCUGCCUGUCUUCAGCCUAGCCGACCCCAGCCUUCCCCUUGCCCAGGGCUCAGCCUGGUGGGCCUCCUCUGUCCAGGGCCCUGAGCUUGGUGGACCCAGGGAUGACAUGUCCCUACACCCCUCCCCUGCCCUAGAGCACACUGUAGCAUUACAGUGGGUGCCCCCCUUGCCAGACAUGUGGUGGGAGAGGGACCCACUUCACACACAGGCAACUGAGGCAGACAGCAGCUCAGGCACACUUCUUCUUGGCCUUAUUUAUUAUUGUGUGUUAUUUAAAUGAGUGUGUUUGUCAGCGUUGGGGAUUGGGGAAGACUGUGGCUGCUGGCACUUGGAGCCAAGGGUUCAGAGACUCAGGGCCCCAGCACUAAAGCAGUGGACACCAGGAGUCCCUGGUAAUAAGUACUGUGUACAGAAUUCUGCUACCUCACUGGGGUCCUGGGGCCUCGGAGCCUCAUCCGAGGCAGGGUCAGGAGAGGGGCAGAACAGCCGCUCCUGUCUGCCAGUCAGCAGCCAGCUCUCAGCCAACGAGUAAUUUAUUGUUUUUCCUUGUAUUUAAAUAUUAAAUAUGUUAGCAAAGAGUUAAUAUAUAGAAGGGUACCUUGAACACUGGGGGAGGGGACAUUGAACAAGUUGUUUCAUUGACUGUCAAACUGAAGCCAGAAAUAAAGUUGGUGACAGAUA